GUUCCCGCGGAGACUGAGCCCUCGCCGACCGUGAGUUCUGCGUGUCAUCGGGUUUGUCUCUUUUAUCGUUCCGUGCGCUUAAUUGCUCCACAUAAUGAAACGCGGCUCGAGUCAAACAGUCAAAGUUCCUCUUUGUUGAGCUAACGAGCCCCGGACGCUUAGAACGGCGCGAGGGGGGGACGUGUACCAAAGGACACAUACGCAUAUAACAUUAUAUAAGCAUCUCUUUUCAAACCAUCGAAGACAAAUUGCGCCCGUUUCUGGGUUUUUAUAAGCUAUUUUAUAAAUGGGCAUAAGUACUCAACGAUGAACCCUCAAUAUGCCGAGUCGUUAAUAAAAUGACCCGUGUUUCAGUGUCGAGUCACAGCAUCAUGAGCAAGAGGAAGAUGCAACCUGCUGAUCUGCCAGCGGGGGAAUGCGUCUCUCAGCUGCAGGAGAUGCUGAGGCAGCGGCUGUGUCAUCAGCAGCUCCCUGACCGGCCCGAGGGAGUGGAAGCGCAACACAAACACCUGCUGGAGCUGCUGAAGAGGACAUCCGUCCACGGGGAGAGUAACUCUGUGCUCAUCGUCGGGCCCAGAGGAGCAGGGAAAACAAUGCUGCUGAAGUGUGUGCUGCGAGACCUGCAAGAGGAGAAAGAAGCGGAGAAGAACCUGCUCCAGGUUCAUCUCAACGGUCUCCUGCAGACUGACGACAGAAUAGCGCUGAAAGAAAUAACGCGGCAGCUGCACCUGGAAAACGUCGUCGGCGACAAAGUGUUUGGCAGUUUUGCAGAGAAUUUGACUUUCCUGCUGGAGGCGUUGAAGAAAGGUGAUCGCAGCAGCAGCCGCCCGGUGCUCUUCGUCCUGGAUGAGUUCGACCUGUUCGCCGCCCACAAGAACCAGACCCUGCUCUACAACCUGCUGGACGUGUCCCAGUCCGCCCAGGCCCCCAUUGCCGUGGUGGGCAUGACCUGCAGACUGGACGUCCUGGAGCUGCUGGAGAAGCGCGUGAAGUCGCGGUUCUCCCACCGUCAGAUCCACCUGCUGAGCAACCCCACCUUCGCCGAGUACCUGGGGCGGGUCCGGACCCGGCUCGGCCUGCCCGACCACUUCCCCGACAGCAGGUUCGCUGCGGACUGGAACGCCAGCGUAGAGACUCUGUGUGAAGACAAAUCGGUGGAGGAGGUUCUACGGAGACACUUCCACUCCAGCAAGGACUUCCGCUCCCUGCACAUGCUUCUGAUGUUGUGUCUGAGUCGCGUGUCUGUGGCCAAACCCUGGAUCAGGCCAGCGGACCUGCUGGAGGCCAGCAGACUGAGCUUCGCGGACGGCGAGGCGAACAUGCUCCACGGUCUGUCCAUCCUGGAGCUGUGCCUGAUCAUCGCCAUGAAGCACCUGAACGACGUGUACGAAGGAGAGCCGUUCAACCUGCAGAUGGUUCACAACGAGUUUAAGAAGUUCCUGCAAAGGAAGUCAAACUCCAUGUACAACUUUGACCAGCCGGUCAUCUUGAAGGCCUUUGAGCACCUGCAGCAGCUGGAGAUGAUCCGGCCGGUCGACAGCUCCUCGGCCAAAACUCAGAGGGAGUUCCAGCUGAUGAGACUCAUGCUGGACCACAGUCAGAUCAUGGAGGCCCUGCAGAAGUACCCACAAUGCCCCACGGAGGUCAAGCAGUGGGCCAUGUCGGCGUUCGGCUAAGACUCUGCCUACAUUUGGGCCUCCAUGUAGACCGUUGUUCUGUUUGCUGUGGAAUAAAUCCUCAGAGGUCUGUGACACUGAACUGGACCAAAAUGACAGGAGAAAGCACGGCUGCCGUCUGUACGAAAUGUACUCUGAAUAUAACAUUUUUCAAAAUUUGUUGGACACGUUUUGCUUUACUGAUGCUGAGGAUGUGCUCAAAUAAAAUGUGUAUUAUAUGUUGUAUUGUGAAUCAAUCAAGACACCUGUUAUCAACCAUAA